AGAAGGUGGGGGCACAUCGCCUGUUCAACGGCUCCGCUAAGGGGUUGGGCACGCAUCAAAUGGUGCAAUUACUAACUUUCGCCAUGAGAAUGACUGAGUUGACUAUCAAUCUUUCUCAUCUCGGUCUUUCAAUGUCGCCGAGAGCUUAUCUACGUCGGCAGAUCAUCGGUGCAACCUUUUACCCAACGUCUGUUCCUUGUUUCAUUUACCUUUGCAUAUCUGCAAUUACUCUUCGUAACAUUGCCAACUUUGAAUAUUGCUCACAUUUAAUUGUACUUGUGUUCUGAAGAAACCUAGAUACAUCAUAAAUGCUUGCAGUUUCAAUACUCGCCCAAGCAGCAAUUUCUACCCUUAGACUGGUGAUGAGCGAAUGACGACUGCC